GGGAACAACUAUUGCAAGGAUAGUUGCUGAUAAUGCACAACGUCGUGAUAAUUUACAUAACAUUGUGACAAUGUACGUAUAUGAAGAAAUGAUUAAUGGGAAGAAAUUGUCAGAUAUAAUAAAUGAAGAACAUGAAAACGUUAAAUAUUUGCCAGGAUACAUUAUUCCAAGUAAUGUUGUUGCUGUUCCCGAUAUCGUUGUUGCUGCUAAAGAUGCGGAUGCGCUUAUAUUUGUUGUUCCUCACCAGUUUGUUCGGACAAUUUGUGCCAACCUGUUGGGGAAAAUUAAACCUACUGCAUGCGCUCUUUCUUUGGUGAAAAACGUGGUUGCUCUUGGAGCGGGCUUAAUUGACGGCUUAAAAGUUGGUCUCAACACGAAAGCGACGAUGAUAAGGAUGGGGAUGUUGGAAAUUAUAAAAUUCGUCGACCUAUUUUACCCUGGUGGCCGAUUGUCGACUUUCUUCGAGAGCUGUGGAAUUGCAGAUUACAUCUCGACUUGCAUCACCGGCAGAAAUCGCCGCGUGGCAGAAGCCUUUGCGCGAAGUGGAAGGGAUUUACAAUCAUUGCAAGAGGAAUUACUUAAAGGAGAGCCGUUGCAAGGAGCGAUUACUGCCAGCGUGGUCCAUACUAUGCUGGCAUAUAGGGAACUGGAACAUAGGUUUCCAUUAAUUACCACAAUUCAUCUCAUCUGCCAGGGAUCAUUGUCAGCCCCAGAUCUGUUGGAAGCUAUGAAGACGCACACUGAAACCUCGGGUUCUGUUGUUGCAAUAAUGAUUGGCGAAAAUGCUCAGCGCCAUGCUCACAUACACGACUCUGUGAAUUGGUAUGUGCGUGAGGAAAUGGUUAAUGGAAGGAAAUUAUCAGAAAUAAUAAAUGAAGAACAUGAAAACGUCAAUUAUUUGCCUGGUCACAAGCUUCCCGAAAAUGUCGUUGCUGUCACUGACAUCGUCGAAGCAGUUAAAGACGCGGAUGCUCUCGUGUUCGUCAUUCCUCAUCAGUUUAUCGUGGCCACGUGUGAAUCGAUCGUUGGGAAAAUAAAGCCCACCGCGCACGCCCUCUCUCUUAUUAAAGGAUUUCACGCACCGCAAGAUGGAGAAAUUGAACUAGUUUCUCACGUAAUUUCAAGAAUUCUUUCCAUUGAAACAAGUGUGUUGAUGGGAGCCAAUUUAGCAAAGGAAAUUGCUGAUAAAUUUUUCACCGAGGCAACACUCGUUCAAACAUCUGAUAAGAUCAUUCCUAACGUGGUAGCUGUUGCCGCUGGGAUGGUGCAAGGCUUGGGAUAUGGUCUCAAUACCACGUCAACGGUAAUGCGGAUGGGUAUGUUGGAAAUGAUCAGGUUCGUCGAUUUGCUGUAUCCUGGUGGCAAGAUAUCAACAUUCUUCGCGAGUUGUGGAGUUGCUGAUGUAAUAACCAGUUGUUCCGGAGGCAGGAAUCGCAAUAUUGCGCAGAUGUUUGUGACAGCCAGGCAGAGUAUGAAAACAUUGGAAAGAACGCAACUCCAUGGGCAAAAACUUCAAGGCCCGGACACAGCCGCAGAGGUCAAUGUAAUUCUCAAAUCCAAGAAUUUGGAAGACCGGGGCAGUGCUAUUGCAAUACAAGUUUGCAAAAAUGCGACACGCCAUCCCCAUUUGCACCAAACAGUGACUAUGUAUGUUUACGAGGAAAUUAUACAAGGGAAAAAGUUAACCGAUAUAAUAAACGAAGAGCACAUUAACCCCAAAUAUUUACCGGGUUUCGAACUACCAGAUAAUCUUUAUGCUAUUCCAGACGUCAUCCUAGCUGCUAAAGAUUCAGAUGCAAUUAUUUUUGUUGUUCCCCAUCAGUUUGUUCGGAAAAUUUGUAUGACGUUGGUGGGCAAGAUAAAACCCACAGCAUUAGCCUGUACUCUCUCUAAAGGAUUUGAAGAAGCUGAUGAUGGAGGAAUUGAAUUAAUUUCUCACGUCAUUCAGAAAUAUCUGCGCGUGAAUGUUAGCGUGCUUAUGGGAGCUAAUCUGGCUUUCGAAGUUGCUAAAGGAGAAUUUACAGAAGGCACUCUCGGGUGCUCAAACAAACAGGCUGCACCAUUAUGGACUGACAUUUUUCAAACCGACGAUUUUAAGAUUACUGUAACUGAAGACGUAAUCGCUGCAGAAGUGUACAGUGGACUAAAGAACAUAGUGGCGGUGGGGGCUGGCCUUAUUGAUGGCUUAGAAUACGGUGACAACACGAAAGCAGUGAUGAUGAGGCUGGGUAUAAUGGAAAUGAUUAAGUUCAUCGAUGUCUUCUACCCCGGAGCGAGAUUGGCCACGUUUUUCGAGAGCUGCGGCAUUGCAGAUUUGAUCACAACGUGUUAUGGAGGCAGAAAUCGACGCAUGGGAGAACUUUUCGCUAAAACUGGGAAGGACAUGGAAACACUGGAGAUGGAGCACUUGGAUGGCCAACAGCUGCAAGGUCCGGCAACUGCUGCC